GAAACUGUAAUAUCGGUAUUGCGUGCAAUUUACAACAAUCGACCUAUCGAUACACCAUUGGUUGUUAAUCCAGACUAAUUAAAUUGUAAAUUAAAGUAAAAACUCGGUAAUUAACCAUCAUGGCCACCUUGGAGGACAAGCUACUGGGCGAGAAACUGGAGUACUACUGCAGUAGCAGCGAGGGCGAGGACAACGGCGAUGAGGGCGACGAAUCCAAGGGAGCAUCCGGGAAAUCCCGAUCCUCCGGUCUGACCAUCGACACAAAUCCGGAUGCGACUCCGGCGGGUGGAUUCCGGCAGCAGAGCUCCACGAACACGGGUCCCAAAGGCGUGGUCAAGGACUGGCAGAGAUUUAAGCAGCUGGAGGCGGAGCGCCGGGAUGAAACCGAGCGUCAACGUCUGGCGCUGGCCAAGAAGCUCACUAUUACGACGACAACGUCGGCGGAGGACGAGGAGCGCAAGCGGCAGGAGGAACUGGACGCCGAGCUUGACGAACUGAUGAGCGAGGACUUCCUGCAGCAGUACCAGAAACAGCGGAUGGCCGAGAUGCUGCGGCAGACGGGACAUCACCAGCAGUUUGGCCAGGUGCAACAGCUGACCAGCCACGAGGAGUUUCUCGCCUGCGUCGAGCAGGAGAACAAGCACACCACCAUCAUCAUCCACAUAUACGAACGACAACUGGCCGCCUGUGCCACCCUGAACAAAUGCCUGGACAGUCUGGCCAGCGAUUAUCCGUCCAUUAAGUUCGCCAAGAUCUGCAGUUCCGUGGCCGGAAUGAGCAGGGACUUCCGCACCAAAGGAUUACCAGCCCUCCUGGUUUACAAGGCCCAAGCGGUCAUCGGAAACUUCGUGCGGCUUACCGAUGACCUCAGCGACGACUUCUUCGCCUCCGACGUGGAGAGUUUUCUAAUCGAGCACGGCAUCAUAGUGGACAGGGCUCUCUACAAUUGAGAAGGUAGCUGGGUUUAUAAACUGACAAGUAACUUAUUCGAGGCUUAUCCCACGGCUGGACCCAUUAAAUUAUAGAAAGCGAAGUGGAUGUUUCCAACUAGGCUGGAAAUAUUUUUUUUGAAACAAGAUUGCUGAGAACUAAACUUUAAUAAGAUAGCCAAACCUUUUAGGUCCCUAUCUUUGUUUUAUCUGCAUUAAAUCCCGAACAGUCGUCUAAAAUGUUAAUAUAAUCAAAAUAAUUUGUAUUGACUUAAGAAACUAACACGACUUCUUGGAAUCUCCGAGUUACUUGGCAGUUUAAGCCUGGGGCUUAGAAUUAUCCGCAAAUUUUGACCAAAUAUGUGUUCGUAAGAUUAGCAUUUAAGAGAACUUAAGCCCGCCCUUCUUUUUGAUUUUGCAAUUGAAUUAUUUAUUUUUUCCAUUCAGUAAUUAGUUACAUUAUAUGUAUGAUUCUUUUCUCUUUUUUGUUUUUUGUAUACAGAAGUUCUUAAAGUGCAACUUUCACAAAAUGGAAAAUGUCUCUAAAUUGGGUAAAUCAAAAAAUCAUAAAAUUAAAUUAAAAAUAUUUGAAAAAUGUAUUCGAAAUGCAUUUUGCACUUGAAAAUAUAUGGAACAGAUCCUGCUCACUAAAUAUAGCGUAUAUCUAUAACCAUUCUGUCAUCAUAUACAACACGAUUUAUAUUUAUAUAAUAGUAUUUAGUGGCUAAUGAAUGUACUUCACUCGAACUCGUACUCCGUAAGAUUUAUACAAUUAUAUAUUUUAUAGCUUAUAGCCUACACAUAUACAGCAAUAAAAAUGAUGUCGAUAAAA